AUGCCUGCUACUGCUGCUCAAAAGAACUCUCAGAGCGAUAUUCAAUCAAAGAAGAUGACCGCUACCGUCGCUUCUGUUCCUAGUGACAUUGAAACCAAGAAAGCAAAGGAGAUUCUCUCCAAGCUCGCUGCUGCUUCAGAUACUGAUCGUGAGUCUGUUGCUCAAGAACUUGCUGCCUUCGUUAAGGCCAAUGGUGUUCUCUCUCUUGUUCACAGUGAGAUCAUUCCUGCUCUUGCUAAGGACUUUGCCAACAAGAAGAGUGCUGGUGCCCGUCAAGGUGCUGUUGCUGCUUUCGUUGCUCUUACCAACAAUUCUAUUGAUGGUCAAGUUGAGCCCUACAUCUUGCCCUUCUUGCCCACCUUGUUGGAAUUUCAAGCUGACAAGCAAGCCGCAGUCAAGGCCGCAGCCCUUGAAGCCGCUCACAACUUGAUCAAGAAGAUCAACCCCAACGCUUGUUCUCUUACUGUUCCUUACAUUCUCGAAGGUCUCGGUAACUCUUGCAAGUGGCAAACCAAGAUGCUCGCUCUUGAGCUUUUGGUUGAUUUGACCAAUGUCCACCCCAAGGAAUUCUUUGUUGCUAUUCCCGAUGUCAUUCCUGUUGUCUCUGACUGUAUGUGGGAUACCAAGAUUGAUGUCAAGAAGCAAGCUACUGAAACCAUGGCUACCAUCUGUAAGCUCAUUGAAAACAAGGAUAUCGAGCGUUUCAUCCCUGCCGUUAUCGGUUGUAUCAACCACCCUGAAAAUGUCCCUGAGACCAUUCACUUGCUCGGUGCCACCACUUUUGUUCAAGAAGUUGACUCUGCCACUCUUUCCAUCAUGGUUCCUCUCUUGGGCCGUGGUUUGAACGAGCGUGCUACUGCCAUCAAGCGUAAAGCUGCCUUGAUCAUUGACAAUAUGUCCAAGCUCGUCGAUGAUCCCGAUGUUGCUGCUCCUUUCUUGCCUCUUCUUUUGCCUGCUCUCGAGAAGGUGCAGGAUGUCGUUGCUGAUCCUGAAUGUCGUGGUGUUGUUCAAAAGGCUCUUGCCACUCUUCAACGUAUCGGUAACCCCUCUGUCGAAUUGUUCACCAAGGUUCAAAAGCAAGCCAAGGUUGAGUCCUCCAUCAAAGAGCUUUUGCCCAUUGAUCUUGACCCUUCUUUUGCUCCCACUGUCAAAUUCAUGAACGACAUUGCCCUUACUCUCUGUGUUGCCAAGAACUUUUUCAAGAACGUUUGGAUCGCCUCUCUCGUCCCCUAUGCCAAGUCUUUCUACGCUGCUGCUGAUGCCGAGAACCUUGCUUUCACUGCUUUAAACAAGUGUGAGGAAGCUGUUACUCCCAAGGACCUCGAGGAAGAGGACGAUGAGGGUGAGGAUCUCUGUAACUGUGAGUUCUCUCUUGCUUAUGGUGCCAAGAUCUUGUUGAACCGUACCGCUCUUCGUCUUAAGCGUGGUCGUCGUUAUGGUCUCUGUGGUGCUAACGGUUGUGGUAAGUCCACUCUCAUGCGCGCUAUUGCCAACGAGCAAGUUGAAGGUUUCCCUCCUCGUUCUGAGCUCAAGACUGUCUACGUCGAGCACGAUAUUGAUGGUUCUGAGGCUGAUACUCCUCUUGUUGAUUUCAUCUUGGCCUCUGAUGGUGUUGAGACCAAGGAUCCUGAACAAGUCCGCAACAUUCUCCUUGAGUAUGGUUUCUCUGAAGCCAUGGUUACCAAGAUGGCUAUCGGUGAGCUUUCUGGUGGUUGGAAGAUGAAACUUGCUCUUGCCCGUGCCAUGUUGAUGAACGCUGAUAUCCUCUUGUUGGAUGAACCUACCAAUCACUUGGAUGUUGUUAACGUUGCCUGGUUGGAGAACUACCUUUUGGGUCUCAAGACUGUUACCUCCAUCAUUGUCUCUCACGACUCUGGUUUCUUGGAUCACGUCUGUUCCGAUAUUAUCCAUUAUGAGCCCAACUACAAGCUCAAGCGUUAUGGUGGUAACUUGUCUGAAUUCGUCAAGAAGGUUCCUCGUGCUGCUUCUUACUAUUCUCUCGAGGCUUCUCAAAUCAAGUUCUCCUUCCCUGAGCCUGGAUUCCUCGAAGGUAUCAAGACCAAGGAGCGUGCCAUCUUGAAGAUGAAGAAUGUUGACUUUCAAUACCCUGGCUCUGACAGAAAGCAAUUGAUGGAUAUCUCCAUGCAAUGUUCUCUUGCCUCUCGUGUUGCCGUCAUUGGUCCUAACGGUGCUGGUAAGUCUACUUUGAUCAAGCUGUUGACCGGUGAGAUUGAGUCUGAGGUCGGUUCCGUCUGGAAGCAUCCCAACUUGCGUAUUGCUUAUGUCGCCCAACACGCUUUCCAUCACAUUGAAAAGCACUUGGAUUCUACUCCCAACGAAUACAUCCAAUGGCGUUAUGCUACUGGUGAAGAUCGUGAAGAACUCGACAAGAACGAUCGUAUGAACGGUGAAGCCAACAAGAAGGUUAUGGAGCAAGUAUUUGUUAUUGAUGGUGAGAAGCGUGUUGUUGAGGAACUCGUUGGUCGUAGAAAGCUCAAGCAAUCUUACGAAUACGAAAUCUCUUGGGUUGGUCGUUCUUCUGUUGAUAACACCUGGAUCUCUCGUCAAAAGCUUGAGGAUAUGGGUUUCGGUAAGAAGAUUGCUGAGGUCGAUUCCGCUGAAGCUGCCAAGAUGGGUCUCAACCGUCCUCUUACUGCCAAGGAAAUUGAAAAGCACUUGGAAGAAGUGGGUCUUGAACCUGAAUUCGCUACUCACUCUCGUAUUCGUGGUCUCUCUGGUGGUCAAAAGGUCAAGCUUGUCAUUGGUGCUGCCAUGUGGAAUAAGCCUCACAUGUUGGUUCUUGAUGAACCUACCAAUUACUUGGAUCGUGAAUCUCUUGGUGCUUUAGCCAUGGCUAUCAAGGCUUACGGUGGUGGUGUCGUCAUUGUUACUCACAACCGUGAGUUUACUGAAGCUCUCUGUAACGAAGUCUGGAUGGUGGACGCCGGUCGUUUGACUCCCUCUGGUCACAACUGGGUUUCUGGUAACGGUACAACCAAAAUCGAGGAAAAGGAUCAAGAAGAUAUGAUAGAUGCUCAGGGUAAUACUGUUAAGGCUGUCGAAAAGAAGAAGAAGCUCUCCUCCAAGGAGCUGCGUAAGAAGAAGAAGGAUAGAAUGGAGCGUCGUAAGCGUGGUGAGGAAGUUUACACCACCGAUGAAGAAUUAGGCUUGUAA